AUGUACCCAAGGCCAAACACCUGGCGCAGCCUGAAGGCCAACAGCACCUCUGAGAGCAGGCAGAGGUGGCCGGGGGCUGGCCCCGAGCCCAGCGGCACGGCACAGCCGGUGAGAGUUGCCCUGAGUAAUGCCCUAUGUGCUGAGCCCCGAGCAUGCACCCUCCCCCAGCGGGGCCAGCGGCUGGAGCUGCAGUGCCAUUCCGACAAGGAGGACAGCGGCGUAUCCUGGGUCCGCCAGGACAAGGAUGGGACCCUUCACUUCAUCGUCUUCAUUUCCUCCCUGGGCCGGACCACCUUUGAGCGGAAUGAGGGGACAGCCACACGCUUUGAGGCAAGAAAAGACAACAGCUUCUACCGGCUGGUAGUGAAGUCUUUCAUGACACAGGAUGAGGGGAACUAUUUCUGCCUCAUGAACAGCAACCAAAUGCUGUACUUCAGCCCUGGCCAGCCUGCCUUCUUCCCAGGUCAGCAACACCUCUACUCAACCUUGCUUAGCUCUGCCAAAAUGCCCAGCACCCGCUCCCCAUGCCUUUUUUGUCCCAAAGAAACCAGCGAUGAGAAAUACCUGAACUCCAUUUGCAGCACCUUCAUCUGGGUUCUCUUGGCAGGUGCCUGCAUCCUGCUCCUCAUGGCCCUGGUGGUCACCAUCGUGCUGUGGAAACAAACCAGAAGACGAAGGUGCAGAUGUAAAAGACCCGCAAACGGGAAGCCCAAAGUGAAAGCCACCAUGCCAAUCCCACACGUAUAACUAGUGGCGUCUUCUGCCUUCUGGGACCUCUUCUGGGAGCUCUCACUGCAUAAGCCCAUCACCUACGUUACCCGUAACGCUACUGCCCCUCACGCACGCCGCCUCGACAGAUUGGAAAGGACGAGAUGGAGCAGACACACGGACAGCAAGCAGGCACUUUUCUGUGAAGUGCAGGCUAAAGCACAGCUCCUUCCAAAACCUGACGUUUUGCAAAUUGAUUCCCAAGGCCAAAUGCCAUCUCCAUUCGCAG